AAAAAAAAAACAAAACUGUUAAAACCACCGGGAAGAGCCGAGCUGAAGCCCCGCCGGUCGGUCGGUGCUCCUCGGCUGGACCGUUUGUUCUGGAACUACUUUCUGGGGACAAACUCUGCGACGCACUUUGCAUCUAAAGCGUCCAGAAAAGAACCGGAGAACCGGACGGAGCCUAGAACUGGACCGGUACCGUGCUGAGGAUCCUGCUGGAGGGUCUGGAGCGUCCGUUAAACCUCCGUUAAUCGGUUAGAACCAACAGAGUUUCUCCGUUUACCGAUCGUCAACUGCAGCUUUAUUCUCUUUCCUCACCGCAGGAAAGUAACGGAGUACUUUCACUCGAGUACAUCUUCAGCCGAGGCGACUCUCAGCUCCCCCAGACAUCGACCAGCAGCCUCCAUGAUGCCACGCUGCAGAGUAAACCUCAGCACAAUGAUCUUCCUGGUCAUCCUGCAGGGGGCGGCGGUGGUGCUGUUCUGCGGCUGGUACGUCCAGCUCAGCCCUUGUGGCUCCGCCCCCUCCAACGGCAAAGUCCACGUCCUGCUGCUGUCGUCAUGGCGAUCGGGCUCAUCCUUCUUGGGCCAGGUGUUCAGCCAGCACCCAUCCGUCUUCUACCUCAUGGAGCCGGCGUGGCACGUUUGGACCCGGCUGCAGAAACCCGGCGCCCGGUCGCUCCGCAUGGCGGUGAGGGAUCUGCUGCGGAGCGUCUUCCAGUGCGACCUCUCCGUGAUGGAGGCCUACCUGCCAGAGCGCUACAACGUCUCCUCCUUGUUCAUGUGGAGCCACAGCCGGGCCCUUUGCUCACCGCCGGCUUGUAUGUUGACGCCACGAAAUCAGUUCAGCAACCAGACUCAGUGCAUGCAGCGCUGCGACACUCAGGGCCUGCAGCGAGCUGAGGAGGCCUGCAACACCUACAGCCACGUGGUGCUGAAGGAGGUGCGCUUUUUCGAGCUGGAAUCUCUUUACCCCCUUCUGCAGGACCCCAGCCUGGAUCUCCGCAUCAUCCACCUGGUCCGGGACCCCCGGGCGGUGGUCCGGUCCAGGGAGGAGUCGGCCAAAGCCUUUGUGAGCGAUAAUGCCGUGGUGUUGGAGCAGCGCAGCAUCCCAGCCGGCGAGGUGCAGUACCAGGUCAUGCAGGAGAUCUGCCGCAGCCAUGUGCGCAUCAACGAGCGUGCCGUCCUGAAGCCGCCUCCAUUUCUGAAGGGCCGCUACAAGAUGGUGCGCUACGAGGACUUGGCGCUCAACCCGCUGGAGGAGAUCAUCGCCAUGUACGAGUUUGUGGGUCUGGAGAUGACGCAGCAGCUGGAGGAAUGGAUCUACCGGGUGACCCACGGGAAGGGCAAAGGAAGCAGGAAGGAGGCGUUCAAAAUCACGUCACGAAACGCUGCCGACGUGUCUCAGGCGUGGCGCACAAUGCUGCCACACAGCAAAGUCAAACGCAUCCAGGAGGUGUGCAAAGGCGCCAUGUCACUGCUCGGCUACAGGACAGUCAACAGCGAUAAAGAGCAGAAAAGACUCGACAUAGAUCUGCUGGUGCCUCGGGAGCCUUAUCAGUUUAGCUGGUUACCGGCCAAAACACAGCGUCCUGGCAAAAGAUAGAACAUUAAGACUCUAAACGGGACUGAAGUGUUUGUUUUGUUUUGACUCCAUCGACUUUACGAUUCUAGAAAGGCCAGUUCAUGCUUUCUGCAUCCUGGUGCGCUCACUGGAUUCCAUUCAGAACACAACAGAUUUUUAUCAAUCGGUCGCAUUUCCUGUCAUACAGUAACUCGGAGAAACACUUCUGAACGGCUGUAACUUUGCAUUUUACCAGGAUACAGCAGCAGGUUUCAGAUUUCCCUACAGCACCGUGUCAGUAAAUAUUCUCGAGGGGUUUCCAGCAGUGGGCCGACGUAGCACGAGAUAUCUGGAGAAUUUACAACUUUUCAUCUUGUUUGGCAUCGACUCCUUCAGUUCUGUUUAAGAAUAUUUAUCAUGCUGUGAGUGAUCUCUCCCUGAUAUUUUAAAGUUAUUAUUUGUUUGGCUUUACUAGACAGGUUAGUAGAGAGGCAGACAGGAAAGCAGGGAGAAGACCUGCAGCAAAGGACCAUAAGAGGGAAUUAAACCCAAACCACUGCAUCAGUAAUUGUAGCCCCUGUUCAUGGAUCACCCACUCAACCAGCUGAGCUAUCUGGAUGCCCACCUGUCCUCAUAUUUGAGCUCCAUUUGUUUUCUCUGUCACAUAUUUUGGACUUCAAGCGGAAGCAGAAAGCAUGAAUCGGCCUCAAGACUCUACCGGUACCACAGUCUGAUCCACUGUACGAAUGGAGAGAACACCGGCUGGAGGCUUAUGGUUGAAGUUUGGUGUUGACUAAAAGUCUUUUUGCUGUCAGAUGCAAAUGUCAGGUGUUGUUGUGAAACUAUACGUUUUGCAUUUGCAUGGCAUAGUAAACAAGAAAAGCAGUCAGACAGCACAGUCCUCUACCAAGGUUGUUCAUUCCCCCAUGUGGCAUUUUUAGGAAUGCAGCAUUUGUUUAUCAGUUAUUGAUGAUCAGGAAUCACGGCAACAUAAAAUGUGGCCAUUUAACAUACAGUCAUGGAAACAAUGAUCAGACCGCCCUUGUUUUCUUCAGUUUCUUGUUCAUUUUAAUGCCUGGUACAACUAAAGGUACAUUUGUUUGGACAAAUAUAAUGAUAACAACAGUUGCUCUUCAGAGCUGAUAUCAGACAUGUUCCAUGGUUUUCUUGACAAUAACCAAAACCACUUAAGUUCUUCCAUCAAUAGCUAUGCCAUUGUUCUGCAAAAAACAGCUUCCAGUCUGUUUUAGUCACAGGAUCCACACAGGAGUUAGAACUUGAUUGCAUAACCAUUGUUUCUGAUGACUGCAGCCAUGCAUCUCUUCAUGCUCUCCACCAGCUUCUGACGUUGUUCUACUCUCACAGCAGCCCAUUCCUGUUGCACAAAUUCAAACAAAUUUACGUUGUUUCUGGGCUUGCAGUUCUCUAUUUUGCAUUUGAUGAUUUUCCACAGGUUUUCAAUUGGUAUAUAGCCGUGUGCUAAGGGGCAUUGUCUUAUUGGAAAAUUCAGUCAUUGGAGGGAGGAAGGAGUUUUCCAGCUGAGUGUUUUCAAGAGUAGCCGCAAACAUGACCUGGUUCAUUUGCCCUGUUCCACCCAGACUGAAACAACCCCAGAUGGUCACUGAUCCACCCCCAUGUUUUACUGUAGGGGCAGACAGUCUGGUUUGUAGCUUCUCCAGGCUUCCUCCUAACCAGUAAGUUGUCCAGAGUGGGCAUCAAUUGAAAACUGGAUUCAUCCCUGAAGAGAACCUUAGUCCAAUCAUCAACAGUCCAAUCCUUGUGAUCCCAGCAAACAGUAACCGGGCUUUUCUCUGGCUUUCCUUGAUGAAGGGCUUCUUCCGUGCAGUGGGAACCUGCAGGAACAGUCCCUACAGGUUCCCACAUCCCCAAAGCAAACAGGAAGUUAGUGCAGUUGGAAAAAGGCUAAUUUUACUUUAAAAAUGGCUACAAUUGCUGUUUUUUUAGAUGUUGCUUUUUAUCUUUUAGUUAAUCCAGUAAGCAUUCAGCCCUGCCCUUUUAAAGAAGUACCUUUCUCAGAGUCGGUACUUUUUUGUCUUUUUCUUCCUGCAGAGGAAAACUGAAAGUACAGCAACUUUAAAGAUGAGACUUGCAGAGCUAAAUGUUGCUAACUGGUGUUUUUUAACCACCAAUUCAGAAGUCCCUACAAUGGAGUAGGAACUUUUUUCUGUCUUAAAAAAGUUCCAUAGGGACAGUUCCUUCAGUGAAAAACAACUUAUUUCUUUUACUUUUGGGUUGACUGCUACCAUUUCUGUUUUCUUUAUUUUCUCCAAGUUUAACCAGCAGGCGUUGAGUCUUUCCAGUUCAUCAGAAGUACCUUACUCAGAGUUAGUACUGUUUUCCACCCCAGUAACAGGUUGUAAAAGUUCCUGCAGUGGAAGACUGCCUCUUCUGAAAAUUUGUAGUCCUGAAUCUUGUAAAACGGUACUGUUAUGAUUUUAAAUCAGUGUCGAACAGAGAGUUUUAGGGUGGCUCAGAAGUAUCUUCCUUGGAUUAGGAACUUUUUUCUGCCCUAAAAGAGGCUCUAUAGGAACCGUUCCUGCAGGUUCCCACGGCCCCAGAACAAACAAGAAGUUAGUGCAGACAAAGAAAGGUAAAUUUUACAUUACGGAUGGCUACAAUUGAGUCUUUCUGGUUCGUCAGAAGUACCUUCCUCAGAGUCAGUGUUUUUUCUGCCUCAGAAACAGGUUAUAAAAGUUCCUGCAGUGGAAAACUGCCUUUUCUGAAGUUAUGGAAACUUUUGUUUCUGUUUGUAGUCCUGAAUCUUGUAUACUGGUGCUGUGAUGUUUUUAAAUCAAUCAGUGUUGAGCAGAGAGUUUCAGGGCCAAUCAGGAGUACCUAACAUGGAAUAGGAACUUUUUCUGCUCCAAAAGAGGUUCUAUAGGUACAGUUCCUGCAGGUUCCUGCUACUCUGUGCAGUGAAAACGACUUUUUGCUGUAUGUUGUAUCAGAAUAUGUUGUGAAUUUUACUUUACUGAUCGUAUUUUUGAGAGAAGAUUCCCAGAACUGCUUGUUGCAGUGGAGCUUGUUGUCUUUCCCUGGAAUAGGAACAUUUUUCAGCCUUUGAAAAGGUUCUACAGGAAUGAUUAAAACUGCCUCUGAACAACCUGCUGGUUCCUGCAGUUACACCUCCAGGAUAAAAUGUAUUAUAGUCCUUAUUAGUCACAUGGCCUCACAUGCAAAUAAUUCAUCUGGAAAUGUCAUGUGAUAACUACAUUUGUGGGACAAGCACAGAGAGCUUGUUUUUCUUGUUUCAAAAUGCUGCGUAGCUUCUGUUUUCCUCUGCACACAGUGAGUCUGGGUUUAAACGGCGGCUCUGCAGGUCUGCAGGAUGUUUGGUGGAUCUGCCGCCGUCAGGCACAAAUAAUCUGAACUCCCCUCAUUUGGUGGCUCAUUGUUUCAGCCGGGCGUCCUGCCAGCGUCCCUGAAGGCCGACCGAGUCUCUGAGACGCUCAGGAAGCACUUUUACUUUUACUCUGGUGGUUUAUUUCUGCAUGACUUUAUAUUCCUGGGUUUAUUAUUUUAAAAAAUGCUCUUUUAACCAUCACAGAAACAUCAUUAGUGACUUAAACACUCAUAAUGACAUUCAAAUAAAUUUUUUAUAGCAAUAAAUCACUUACUGAAGUUGUUAGCAUUGUUAGCUGAAGCUAGCAUAGAGACACGUUAAAUACAUUUGUGAUUUUUGUGGCAUCUUUUUGCCACAAACUUUUUUCUAGUGAAGAUUUUGCAAAGUAAAGUCACAAAUGAAUGUAUUUUUACAGAUUAGAGCUCUAUUAAAAACUUUAUUAAACCAGCAGUGAAUUUAAAUGUUUUUAUGUCACAUAUUAGUAGUUUUUUUAUACUAUUGAUUUAAAACCUGUAUUUCUGUGAUAGUUUAGUUUAUUGAGCAGCUCUAACCUCCAGACAGCAGGGGGCGCUGCAGGGAAUCAGCAUCUCCUUUAUCCUCCAGGUGUUCUUGGUCAGAGUUGGAUCAUUUUACUCCUUCAGCAGGUAACAAAUAAACCCUUUAACUCACACAUUUAACGAUUAUUUUCUGCUGCAGGAGAAUCUUUAUCCAUCUAAGUGCCUCAAACUCUAACUUAUUGUUCUGGUUUUAAUGUUUAAAGUUGAUUUUUUUUUUUGCUCUUUCUGCUGUGAGAGUGGAUUUUUUUUCCACCUGGUUCAGUGUGAACGUGCUUCUGGAGCUCCCAGUGUCUUUAUUUAUCUUUGUUUACAGGAUUUUUGCAGUUUUUGUGUGUUUUAAUUGAUUCUGCCGAUAAACUAAAUGUGUUUUGCGUAGUUUGAUGGAAACAUUUAGUGAGUAGUUGAAUCAUGUUGAUUUGAUUAGAGUUAAAUUAACUACUGACCGCUGUCUGUGUUUAGAUUCUCUGACUGUUUUAUGAUGACAUUUUAAUUCAUCUGUGUUUGGAAGGACAAUAUUAAAGCAUCGGGGUGCACUGGAGGGUUAAUUAUUAAACACUGAACAAAACCUGCUUUUUAAUUUCAUUUUUCUGCAAAGUAUUGUUUAAUAUUCAAGAUAUGUUGAUUUAGGGUGUAUUUUUUUUUUCAAAUUUAGUAACUUAAAUCUGAACUAAUACUUUUUUUAUGUUGACAAAGCAUCAAAUAAGCAUGUGUGAUGUGAAAAAAGAUGAAAAUAUUUAAUUAAUUGCCAAUUAAUUUGAGUCAUUUUUAAAGAACAACUCUAAAUUCUCAUUCUUCAGCUUCUUAAAUGUGAAUAUUUUCUGGUUUCUAUUCCUCCUCUGUGACAGUAAACUGAAUAUUAUUGGAUUGUGGACAAAAUAAGACUUUUUUUAAAAAAAAUAAACAUCACUUGUCAUUGUU